GGUGAUGUUGGAGGUGAACAUGCGAGAACGUGACGAUGGAUCAGUUACACUGAAUGAACUCUCUGUACCUGCUGUUCGCUGCUUCCUUGACUUUGCUUACUCUGGUGAGAUGGAGAUCACAGAGGAGAAUGUCCACAUGCUCUUCCAGCUGUCCUCCUUCCUACAGGUGGAUGUGAUCUCUCAAGCUUGCAGUGAUUUCCUGAUCCAAACUCUGAACCUGUCCAACUGUAUCCAGCUGCUGAAUGUUGCUGAGGGAUACGGCUCGACGAGUCUCAUGCACCAGGCCACCCAGUUUGUCGUGGCUAAUUUCCAUGCUCUCAGCUCCAUUCCAGACUUCCUGGAGAUGCCCAGAAGAACCCUGCAGCACUGUCUGGAAUCGGAUUCCCUUAAUGUACCCGAUGAAGAAAGUGUCCUGCGAGCUCUGCUUUGCUGGACUCAACAUGACCAGCAGACUCGGAGAGGUUCACUUCCUGAGCUGCUCUCACUUAUCCGCCUACACCAUCUUCCCCCUGCCACGCUGGAGGAAAUAAGCCAGUCUGAGAUGCUUCUGUUAGACAGUGCUGACUGUACCAAAAUAUUAAAGGAAGCACUGGCACAGGCAAAAGAAUUUAGUGGGUUUUUCUCAGACGCCCGUCCGUCUACGACUUCCAGUUACAUCUUUGUGCACAAGACAGAGGGAAAUGGUGAGGUACACCACACAUUCGGCUAUGAUGUAGAAGCUAAUUACUGGCACUGGCUUCCUGUGUCUGAUCUCAUUGAUCUCCCUGGUUCCUCUAUUACCAGUUUCGGUGAGAAGAUUUUUGUUAUUGGAGGAUGUCGGGGUAGAUGUGACAGAUCUUUGCGACUUCACUUUGCAGAGUCUGAACAUGAUGCAACAGAUGAAGCAUGGUGCUUCUGUCCCAUAACUGGAAACAUCAUGCCAAUCCCGCCAAUGCAUCACCCUCGCACCAUGCACACUUCUGUUACUGCUCUGCAUCGCAUCUACGUAAUUGGUGGCAAAACUAAAGGGAAAAAAACACCAGCUCUUCUAGAUGUGGAAUACUAUGACCCUCUGAAGCGCACAUGGACACUGGUGAGUCCACUGCCAUGUCGGAUCUACUUUCCCGAGGCUGCAGUCUGUGGUUCUAUCAUUUACACACUCGGCUCCGAGCUAGAGACGUCUGAUGCUUUCAACCCAUCACUGAACUGCUUCUUCCGCUUCAAUGCCAAAACUAAUCAGUGGUGCCAAUUGGUGGCCGAGUUUGGUCAGCUUUUCCAUGCAAGGCUGGUAAAAGCUGUGGGCGUUUAUGAGAUGCUCUACCUUUGUGACCUGUCAACAUAUAAACUGUACAGUUUCUGUGCCGAUAGCACCGCAUGGAAGAGCGAGGGAUCGUUUGAAUGUGCAGGAUUUAAUGCUGGUGCUGUUGGCAUCAGGAAUCUAAUUUACAUCCUGGGAGGAGAUUAUUCACCUGACGAGAUAACGGACGAGGUGCAGGUGUAUCACAGUGGGCGGAGAGAGUGGAAGGAUGUGGCGCCCAUGCCGUGCCCACUCACCGAGUUACACUGUCAGGUGAUCAGUUUUAAUCGUUGUAGAGAUCCAUGGAGAUCUGAAGCUACUGGGGUGUCAAAAACACACAAAUAAUCAGGAUCUGUAUAAAUAAUACGGAUGUAUACAAAUGUUCAAGGUGUAUAUAAAUAAUCCACAAUCAAGAUCUGUAUAAUAAUGAA